AAGAAUAAAUUACCAAAAAUGUCGUAUUUUCUAUUUCGUUUUUUCUCUCUCUCUCUCUCUCUUCAAAUAAAGAGAAAAUCCGACCGGCACGUCUGAGCUCAGCUCUGCGUUUUUAAUAGCCUACUGAUGAUGGCGUGCAUGGUCACAUGAGUCUGUUUGAUGAAACUUUGGGGCAAAGACACACCUACAAUCGUUGCCACAGUAUGUGGAGACCGCGUAGAGCUGACCUGCAGUAAGAGGAAUAAUCCAGCCGGAGAAAGCAAACUAAGUUCUGUCGGGACGAAAAUUAUCACUGCGCGGUUCACUCGUCCACUCGAAGCCAGCCUGGUGCACGGGUUCAAAUUGCACAUGUAAGUUUCCAAUGCAAAGAUACUUGAAGAGCGCUGGCGCAACAAGCAUGGGAUUAUUUUGGUAAUGUGGAGUGCAACUGCCUGGCAAGAAAAUAAAGGUCUGCUGCGGAACAAUGUGAGACGUUGUGCGUCUUGGAUUUUCGUGUUUCUGGAUAUCUUGAAAAGCAUCGGAAACAGUUGAGGAAAAAGAACAAGUUAAGCGCAACGGAUUGUGUCCUUAAACCCGGGACCAGCAUGGAUUAAAAAAACCCCUUCCCCCAACUACAGAAGUUUUCAGCCGGUUCACUUGUGUUGUACUUGUUGUAAACUUCAUGUUUGUGAACAAAUUGCCUUAUUGGCUGCUUGGAUUUUAAAACGUCGCCUGGCUUUGGAUUGGAUUUCCAACACCAUGAACUUUAUUGACAGUUUGACACUAUUAUUUUUGACGCUGUCAGCUGUCAAGAGUGCCCACAUACCCAAGGCAACAGAGAGAGGUCCACAUGACGUGGUUCCUUUAAUGGAGGUGUUCAACAAAAGCUUUUGCCAGCCUCGGGAGUUGCUGGUUGAAAUCCUGCAGGAGUAUCCAGAUGAGGUAGAACACCUCUUCAUACCGUCCUGUGUGGUGCUGACACGCUGUGCGGGCUACUGCAACGAUGAGAUGCUGCAGUGCAUGCCAACAACCAGCCGUAAUAUAACAAUGGAGAUUAAAAGAAUAAAACCCCAAAGGCAACAAAACGAUGUGUUCAUGAGCUUUACAGAGCACAGCGCUUGUGAGUGUAGGUUAAAGAAUGAAGUGAAAGAACAGAAAGAAAAAAAACACCGGAAGGGCAAGGGUAGAGGACUAAAGAGAAAACGAAAGAAAAACCGCGACAAAACAAUUCACGAUGCUGUUUGUGAGCCUUGUUGCGAUCACUGCUCAGUCAGGAGAAAGCGUUUGUUCAUCCAGGACCCCGCAACCUGCCGGUGCUCCUGCAAACACACAGCUGAAUACUGUAAAGAACGCCAGCUAGAGCUCAACGAGAGGACCUGCAAAUGUGACCAGCCAAGAAGAUGAGAGAGGUGGGAUCACCAGGCCAUUCAAGAUGAAGGAAUAUAGCACAGCACUUUGACCUUUGAACCAUAUGCUCUUCUUUUCUGUGGACAGCAUUCCCCUUAGACUGACUGAGAGAGAACAAAAAGAAAGAAUAGACCUUUUCCUCCCAUUGUAUAUCCUUGUGUACAUAGACCACGUUGAGUUGUUAUGCUGCUACGGAAACGAAUAACUAAACCCGUCAUUUGACAAAACUCAAAAGAUCCUUCAUGUGGUUUUGCAUUUCUAACAGGCUUGCAGUGCAGGUGUAGUCUUGUCGUCAAUUCAAUGUAUGCAUUUAUUUCACUGGAAAUGAGUCUACUGUGGUUGUGUGUAAAUCAAAGUUGCAAAACCUCUAAAUGUAUAAUAUUUAGACCUGCUCAAACAGUGGGCGGGGCUGGCGAGGACACAGUCGUGCCCUGUUUUCAGGAAGGGUGGCCAGAUUUGUUUGUCAGCAAAUGACUACCUUUGCUUCUAUACUAGGACAGGAGGACACUUGGACAGCUGAUGGAAAUAUUGAAUCUGUGUCUUUGUGAUAUCACUUCCUUUCCUCUGCGGACCCUGCAGGACUGAUAGGUGCAAAUACAAUUUUAUUUUAUUUUUUCUUUCUCAGCCGCAGUCGCUUGCAGCAGGACAGACUCUGGAGUGCCAUACACUUUUAAAGGGAUAAUAAUUAUCAAAAAGAGCAUUUUAUGUUUUGCUAUGUUCCUGAAAACCACUGAAAACAUCAUAUACUGUAGAUUCCAUUUGAGAAAAAAACUGUGCCUCUCAAAAUGUACUGAGAAAAUCCUUAGAAUGCUUUUUAAAUUAUUUUGGUUUCCUUUUUUAGGAGAGGGGGUUGUCAAAGUAGUUAUAUUAGCUGUUGAACUCAAUACAUGAUCUAUUGAUUACGUAUCUCUUUCUCUGAACUUGUACAUACUCAGUAUCUCUUUAUGCCAUAGUACAUUAUAGAUAAUUUAUAAUGUUAUAGAGUAUUUUUCAGUAUUCAGUCUUCUACCCAUAUUUAAUUUGGACUAUUUAUAUAUGCAGUGUUAUGUACCUGUGGCUGUUUUUAUCUCCCCCUGUCUGUAAGGUCACUGAUGGGUCCUCUCAAAAUGGAGCCUUUUUUUUUUUUUUUUUUUUGGUGAAAAAAAAAAAUCAAAAAUGAUUUGUUGACAUUCCCUGGAUGAAUCACACGUGGUAUCGUACCAGUGACAGCUCUUGAUUUUCAAACCCUGUAGAUUUAACGUGUGGAUGCUGUGUUGAGUUUUAACAUUACCGUGUUUAUGUUUGUGUGUGUGCAGGUAUGAGUGUGUGUAUCUGUCAGUGUGCACGUGUGUAUGUAGGGAUAGUAAGUUGUAUUUAAGUAUUUAUGUAACGGACUGGUCUUUUGUCCAUCCUGCAAGAUGAAAAUAGAAAUAAACUACUGCGAGGUUUUAGUUCAGUAGUCACUACGACAGCAGAAACAGCAUAACAACCCGCCAUCGGUCCUAGAGCCCAUAUUUAGUUCCCUUUGUCUCUUCUUCACUAUUAACAUGUUUUCUGUGUCUAUGUAAAACAGUUAAACAUAUUUAUUUUCAAAUUAUAAUUUUUUUUAUAUAAAAUAAGAAAAGCGUGCUGUGUUGUGAAUAUUGUGUUUUCGAGAAAUUUAACUAGGCAGCAUUUUUUGAUUUUUUUCCUUCCCCAUGUUUUGUGCAGCCAAUUGACGCUCAGACAUCUAAGGAACACCCCUGGAUGAAAAUAGAACUAAGAUCAGUCAGGAACGUGUGCAGGCUUUUCCGUGACAGUCGAACAGACGUUCAUCCUCAUGAAUAAAAUGUCAUUUU